AUGGGUCGAAGAAAGAUCGAAAUCAAGGCGAUCAAAGAUGAUCGUAAUCGCUCAGUGACGUUUUUGAAACGGAAGGGCGGUCUCUUCAAGAAGGCUCAUGAACUCGCGGUUUUAUGCUCAGUAGAUGUCGCUGUUAUCAUCUUUGGUCACAACAAAAAACUUUAUGAAUUCUCCUCCUGUGAUAUGCGAGAUGCGCUUGCGCGAUAUCAAUAUAUCGGUCCUCCUCAUGAACACAAAGGUCCGGAAGAUUUCAACGGCAAACGCGAUGAUGAUGACGAGGACGAAGAAGAUGCCACGCCGGCCCCUGAAGACCUCCGUGCGCCAUCUCAGAAUCCUCAAAUGAUGGCCAUGCCACCGCACCCAAGUUUUCAACAUGUAAACCAUGCACCCUCUGCGUCUCCCCCGAUCCACAACGGCAUACCUUUCGACCCGCGCCACGGCACACCACAACCACAAGGGGCGUCUAGACCCUCGUCAAGGAAUCACUUGCGCCGUGUGAGCUCGAAUCUUGGGGGCCCCCCUCAUCUUGGGACCCCGCCCCCGCCUCCUCCCCCUCAGACCAACUUUUCAUACAUGCCUAAUCCGACGGUAUACAAUCCAAAUGCACCUCAUAACAUGGGCCAACAGGCCCCACGCCCACCACCUCAAUUUGCGCAUUUCGGCCACCACCCUCCGGGACCCCAUCACCAACCACCGCCACCUCAGCACCAGCCUAUGCCGCCACAUUCCAUGCCUCAACAAUCGAUGCCUGCUCAACCUAUCUCGCAACACCCUCAACCGCAUCCACAGCAUCACCCGCACCACCCCUCUCAUCAUGCACUUGCGCAACCACCGUCGACCAUGACCAUGCACCCGCCCAUAUCUCAUGUGAAUCAGCCGUAUUUAGCAGAUCAACAGCACUCACAGGCCCAGCGGACGACAUCCCUUUCUGAAACAUCGUCUGAUCAGGUUCCAACAUUGAAAACGGAAAAAGCGCAGUCGCCUCCACUGAUAAAGCCGCUUUCCAAGUCAAAGAGCAUAUUUACUCCAAUUGACGAUCACGGAUCAAUGUUGGCGCGCAAUUUUUUCCACUUCGGUGAGAGCACGAGUGUGAAGGCUGAGUCAACUCAGCACGAACCUGAAGAAAAGAAACUACCGCAAAGCCAUUCUCCCCCGCCGAGAGCUGCAACAUCAACACCUCUUUCCAAAUCUGUAUCGGACAUCAAGCCCCCUGUACGGACUAACAGUGCACAGCUGGGCUCCAAGCGGCCUCAAUUAAAAGUUCAGAUACCAAGUGAGAAUUCUGAUCGGGGUAGUGCGACCGCCGAAUCCUCAUCUUCUGCCGGACAGAAGGCUGCAACCCCCGUUAAGGGCAGCCUUGACCCCAGUCACCCAGGUGUGGUGUUACCACCGCCUUCUCCAUCAGCUGGCGCAAUACAUAGUGCGGGUGCGCAAGGUCCGCCAAAUCCGUUUGCUAGACCCCCGCCUCCAGUAACUGCGGCCGCAGCAGCGCAGAAUAACAACGCCUAUAAUAAUAACAACAACAUAGAGACGCCAAUAUCUGCAUUACCAAGCCGUUUUGUCUCCGAUGCGCUUCUUCCGUCGCCAUCCAGUUUCUUUCCCGCUGAAUGGGGAUUUGGGCGUUCUGGACCGGACAGCAAUAUACUCCCGAGUCCCCUCGUAUUCCCCACUCCUCAGGUGCAAACCGGCCCCGGGUUUGGCCGGGAAGAAGAGCAAGAAAAGAAACGCAAGAGCCCGGAUAGUGGCUCUAGUGGGGAAGGCGCCGCAAAGAAAGCCAAAACAUAG